AUGGACGAGUCGCAAAUACGCGCUGCCACGUACCCGGCGGACGCCGCGCUGAUACUGCAGGCCGGCGCCGGCAGUGGAAAAACCCAGACGAUGGCGGCACGCAUCGCCUACCUCCUCCAGAGCGGUGUGCCGGGACACUCCAUCCUCGGCAUCUGCUUCACGCGUCAAGCAGCGGAGACGCUGCGGGGGCGAGUGCGGUCUACCCUUCCCCCCACGCUCACCCGCGAGGCGCACGCCUUGAAGCUCAAGACUUUUCACGCCUUCGGGCUCGAGUGCUUGCGUCGCUUUGGUGCCCUCCAGGCCGACACGCACGUCCUCGAUGCGCGGCAGCAGCACCAACUUGCCCGCCGUGUUGUCGACACGUACGCGCAACGUGAAAAGAGCAGCGAGGCCGUGACGGACCUGGUCGACUACGUGAAUCGGGUGAAGACGAUGAGGAUGCCGCCGAUUCCUCAGUUGGACCCUGCCCUGCAGGAUGCAUACCUCUUCCCCUACUACCAAAAGGCUCUGCAUGAGGAGCACAACGCCGUGGACUUUGGAGACUUGCAGCAGAUGUUUUACGACCUGAUCCGACCCGUCCCCGCUACCGCACUGACAGCCUCGCAAGGUUGUGGCGGGGGGCUGGACGAGCAGCAGCCCUCACAGGGCGAACACCAACCCCCGCAACAGCAGCAACAGGGAGGGAUGGUCCCAUCCGAUGUGUGCACCGCGCUGCGUGCCGAGUACACACACUUCGUCGUCGACGAGUUCCAGGACUUCAAUGAGAUUCAGGUGGAGCUGCUGGCGCUGCUGGCUGGCGACGCGUGUCACGUGACCUGCGUGGGAGACCCGAACCAGUGCAUCUACACCUGGCGCGGCGCCAUGCCGAACGUCUUCGGGGUGUGGAAGAAGCGUUUUCCUCAGACAGCAAUGCUGACGCUGGCGGUGAACUACCGCAGCGACGGGCCCAUUGUCGAAGCGGCCAAUCGCGUGGUGAAGGCAACGCAGAUGGCACACCACCAUCGCGAGGAGCGCGCCGUGACGCUCGUGCAGUGCGCCAGCGAGGAUGAUGAGCUGCAGGCGGUGCCACUGGUGAUCGAGCACGUGCUACGCCGUCGCGAUGCCCAUCUUGGCUACGGUGACAUCGCCAUUCUCUGUCGCUCCCGUCGGCGGGUGCAACUCUACUGCGAUGUUCUGCAGUCGCAGCGCAUUCCAGUGCGGCAGCUGAGGGGGAUGUCGGUUGACCAUCUCGCAAGCAUGCGCUCGCUGCUUGCGUUUCUGCGACUGUGUGUGUCGCCGCAUGGCCCGGAAGGUGACGCAAACGUGCGCACAGUCCUGAAUACCGCCCCGCUGCAUCGACUAUCGCCCGGGGCGGCCAAGAAAUUUCUCCUGUCGCUUGAUUCGGUCUGUCAGGCACGGCGCGCGACGGAAGCAGCACGGAUACGGUCGUGGCGCCACACCAUCCACGUGGAUAACAGCAGCGAGGUUGGCGCAGAUAACGGAGGCGCACAGGGGUCGCGAAGUGAGGGCUUGCAGCCCGGCGCUGCGCGUACCUCGGUCAUCGGCGGUGGUUGCCCCACCGCCACCACGCCUGGAGUCCACCCCGAGUCGCACUCCUUCUUUGCCGUUUUACAGGAGCUCGUGUACCACAACUUUUCCCAUGCGCUCUUCCCCAAGCUGGAGGUAUCCAAGAAGAACCAGAAGAACAUCCGCAGCGUGGUGCGCAUCGUGGUGCAUGCCAAGGAGCUGCUUGCGCAGCCGUCUUGCGACGUCGAGCAAGUCCUUCGAUACGUCCUGCGCGAAGGUGGAUACGAGGGUGAAAGCAUGGCCGCGGUAGCCGCUCGCACGGUCACCCCCUCAGCAACCACGAGGGGGACGAAGCGAGCGCGUAACUCUGCCGAGGGCUGGGGUAGUGACCGCUGUGUUGACGAGGCGUCCGGGCGAAGCAGCGCUUCGGCGUACCAGCCUCGCGUUGGCGCCCUUCUCAUGGAGCGAUGCGCCUCGCAGCACAAUCAACAGCAGCAGCGCUAUACCUCCUCCUCCGCCCCCGCCUCCUGCAGCAGCGCCGGUGGAGGCGACAGUAGGUGGGAUCGGUGGCACCAUGGCAGCCGGCGAUCAGGUGCCGCAUCCGGCAGUGACGGCGCAGGCGAUGAGGACGUUUUGCCCCCCGAGGAGGAGGCGGCGGUGUGGCAGGAGCAGCGCAUGAACCUGUCCGAGUUGGUGCUGCACACGUACCACUCCGUGCAGGAGGCGCUGGAGCGUGAGGUGACGCAUGAGCUAGAUAAGGAAGGCGGCGGUGGUGAGGGUAGAGGGGAGGAGGCGUCGUCGCGGUCUCGCCCGUCCCAGGCAAGCGGCAACCACAGCAACAGUCGAUCGCGGCUGUUUUCCAAGGCAACCGCUGCCGACGACUCGGUCAGCAACUUCAGUGCCGGGAGCACCACCACCACUAUGACGGUCAUGCAGGCUCUGCGCCCACCCGCCGUGGUGCUGCAUCGCGUGCUGGACGAGUUUGUGUCGCUCGUGUCCUCGGACGACUACGGCCCCAUGCGGGAGAUCGGGAACGCGGACGACGCUGCCGGAGCAGCCGCGGGGGCGGACACGGCUGGUAACGGCGGUCGCCUCCCUACCAGUACCUCGCCACACUGGAUCGGAGAGGUCACGGUCGGCACUGUGCACCGCGCGAAGGGCAUGGAGUGGCCGGCGGUGCUGCUGCCCGGGUGCUGGGUCGGCGAGUACCCGGUGCGGCCACGCGACGAAGAAAAGCGCGUCUUUUACGUGGGCAUGAGUCGAGCCAUGAAGCACCUGGUAUGCUUCACCGCAGCAGCGCGCGAGGGCAGGCCUGGCAGCGGCCAGGCGGUAACCGCGGCAAGCGUGGUCGACCUGCCCGCGCAGCACUCACAAAGCGGAACGCUGGAGCCGACGCCGUACCUGGCCGCCCUCGGCGACACGCUGGAGCGGGUCAACUACGCCGACCUCAAGACAGCGUAUCUGACGGAGCAAGGGUACCUUUAA